AUGCAGCAGAUAUGCAGCAGGACCAGCUGGUGUGUCACGGCUGUAGAAAUACAUUGCUCUAUCCUAAUCCUAGAGGAGCUACCAACGUUCGUUGUGCCUUAUGUAACACUAUCAACAUGGUCCCUCUUCAUCCUUCUCCUCAUCAUCCUCAUGCUCAUGCAGGGAGGGACAUGGCUCACAUUGUAUGUGGUGGUUGUCGAACUAUGCUUAUGUAUACCCGUGGGGCAAGUAGUGUCAGAUGCUCUUGCUGUCAGACUGUCAACCUUGUCCCAGCACCACCACCACCAUCCAAUCAGGUUGCGCAUAUCAACUGUGGGAACUGCUGGACGACACUCAUGUAUCCUUACCGUGCAUCAUCUGUUAAAUGUGUUGUUUGCCAAUUUGUUACUAACGUUAAUAUGGGCAAUGGAAGGGUGCCUAACAUGCCCAAUGGAGCACCCUAUCCAGGGACAAUGCCAUCUACAGCCAUUCAGUCAACACCACCGUCUAAGACACACACCGUUGUUGUAG